AUCUAUCCAGUGAUCGGGGUUGUGUUGGUGUCGCAGCAGAGAUGAAUCUGGAGCUGCUCGAGUCGUUCGGGCAGAAUUAUCCAGAGGAGGCUGAUGGCACUCUGGACUGCAUCAGUAUGGCUCUGACCUGCACGUUUAACCGCUGGGGGACGCUGCUCGCUGUCGGCUGCAACGAUGGACGCAUCACACUCACACAGACACUCACACACACACACACACACACACGUGUCCUCACGGAGUGUCUGCUGUGGUUCAGCUGGAGCAGAGACGGACACAAGCUGGUCAGUGCCUCCACAGAUAACAUCGUGUCUCAGUGGGACGUCCUGACGGGAGACUGUGACCAGCGCUUCCGCUUCCCCUCGCCCAUCCUCAAGCUGCAGUACCACCCCCGAGACAUGGACAAGGUUCUGGUGUGUCCCAUGAAGUCCGCACCCGUCCUGCUCACGCUGUCCGACGCCAAACACGUGGUGCUGCCGGUGGACGACGACUCCGACCUCAACGUGGUGGCAGCCUUCGACCGGCGCGGAGACUACAUCUACACCGGCAACGCCAAGGGGAAGAUUCUGGUGCUGAACACGAACAACGAGGACCAGGAACCAGCAACAAGAGUGACCACAGGAACCAGCAACACCACCGCCAUCAAAUCCAUCGAGUUCGCACGCAAGGGCAGCUGUUUCCUCAUCAACACAGCGGACCGCAUCAUCCGCGUCUACGACGGCCGCGAGAUCCUGACCUGCGGCAGAGACGGAGAACCUGAGCCCAUGCAGAAGCUGCAGGACCUGGUCAACAGGACGCCGUGGAAGCGCUGCUGUUUCUCGGGUGACGGCGAGUAUAUCGUAGCAGGAUCCGCGCGGCAGCACGCGCUCUACAUCUGGGAGAAGAGCAUCGGGAACCUGGUGAAGAUCCUCCACGGGGAAGCGCGGAGAGACUGA